GGGCGUGUUCACUGCUCUGCACACAUACCUCGACACACACACACACACACACACACACACACACACACACACACACACACACACGGAACUCGGGAAAAACUUUUUACUCAACUUUUCACAGAUGGAACAGGCGGAAGCUGUCAAGUAAGCUUUAUGAAAGCUGCGGUGCUCUCGUUGCGAUAUCCUGUUUGCCAAACUCCUAAACGCCUGGACAGGAGACUCCCUCUGCGCACGCGUUAAUAACUCAAAGAUGGCGGAGGAGAAGGUUGACUCUGUCCUUGACUUGAGCCACCUGACAGAAGAGGAGCAGACCACCAUCCUGCAAGUCUUAGAUCGUGACUCGGAGUUGCGUCGUCUUGAUGAAGGACGUGUAAGGAUCCUCGAACAGACAGAGACAGACCCGACACGUCUGCGCUUCCUGUCAGGGGCAUGGUUCAGCGAGGAGCGCAGCAAACGCCAUUGCACCCGGUCGGGCAUCGCCCUCGUCCACGCCACCAUACGCCACAGGAAGACAAAGAGCAGAGAUGCGCCCCUGACUGGACUGUUCAAUGGAGAGAGUGAAGAAAGCUCCCAAAACAACAACAACACGUCUCCUGAGGCUGAGAGAAGACUGAAGGACGGCAAAGACGAGGAGUGUGGAGGGAGUCAUGGAAGUUUCAAACCUACACCCACACUCAGAACAAAAAGUCCUGUAGCACAGGGUCUCCAGCACAGAAAUAGUUCAUCAUCAUUCAAAGAGCCCAAAAGGAGAAGCAAUGGCCACAUAGAGGAACUGGAGGAAGGCUUCGAUGUUCUCAACUGGGAUACUGACUCUCUUAGCAGCAACGUGACAGAGCCAGAACCAACCUCUCUGAAAGCCAGCAGCUCCAACGGCAGCCUUCAAUCAGGCUACACGCUCAGUGGAAGCAUGAUGAGUCUGUUCAGCUCGGGGGAUUUUGGAGUGGUGGAGGUAAGGGGCCGUAUCCAAUUCUCAUUGGUUUACGACACCCAGAAGGAGGAGCUGCACGUCAAAGUGUACCGCUGCGAGGACAUUGCUUCGGCACGCAAGAACCGCUCUGACCCAUAUGUAAAAGCCUAUCUCUUGCCGGACAAGUCGAGUCAUAGUAAGAAGAAAACAUCAGUGAAGAAGAAGACACAAAACCCAGUCUAUGAUCAGACCCUCCAAUAUAAAGUGCGGAUCGGAGAGCUGCGGAGCCGGACUUUGAACUUGUCCGUGUGGCACUCCGAGCCCCUGGGGAGGAAUGUGUUUCUGGGGGAGGUGGAGGUGUCACUAGGCCUCUGGGACUGGACCUGCUCUCAGCCGCUGUGGCAGGAUCUGCAGCCACGGGUUAGUAUGACUCCAGACUCCAUUAGCAGUCGUGGGACCAUUGUGCUUUCUAUUAAGUUCAUCCCAGAUGGAUUUGAGGGUGGUGGUCUGCCUCUGACAGGAGAGCUUCACAUCUGGCUUCGUGAAGCUCAAGGUCUUCUGUCCAACAAAGGGGGCCCUAUAGACUCCUUUGUUAGAAGCUUCAUACUCCCAGAUGCUAGUCGGCAGAGUGGUCAGAAGACACGGAUGGUGAAGCGCUCCAUCAGCCCUACCUACAACCACACCAUGGUGUAUGAUGGCUUCCACACCAGCGACCUGAGAGAGGCCUGCGCUGAGCUAACUGUCUGGCAGCGCGAAGGGUUAAAAACACACACCUUAGGAGGGAUUCGUCUGAGCUGUGGAACUGGUCAGAGUUAUGGGGAGGCCGUCAGCUGGAUGGACUCCACAGAAGAUGAAGUUGCUGUGUGGACCUCCAUGAUCCAAAACCCAAACCACUGGAUCGACAUAACAUUACCAAUCAGAACUAACCUUGCACACCGGUCCGACUGACACACGAACACACAUUUGUAUGCAUGCACAUGCAAGGGUUGGACUGAAAGGACCCCCUCAGCACAUCAGCACAUUUAACCUCUCUGUCACAGUGAUACACAAGCACUCUGUUUAUUUCAGUUUUUCGUAUUUACAAACACACACACACACACACACACACACACACACACACACACACACACACACACACACACACACACACACACACACACACAGAGGAGGCAGUAGUGGUGCAAUAUUGUGAAUUAAUGGCGUAGAAUAGAAAACGAAAUCUGUCUGCAUUUCAAAUGUUUUACUCGUAUGUUUUGGUUCAGUCUGUGUCCUAUAUGACAAAAAUGCAUUUGUAAUCCAUUGUAGAUUAUUAAUUAAACCUGAACCGAUAACUCA